AUGCAGACCGAAUUCAAUCUCGUCACCUCUACACGAUACGACCCGGUCAACCUGGUCGAAGGCGAUCGCUACUGGCUCCUUUCAUACCAUGUGGAUCGCCUCAGGAGAGCUGCUGGGGAGCAUGGCUGGACUAAUGUGAAAGCGUUGACGGUGGACGAGGUAAGGCUUGAGUGCGAACGAGCGGUCAGCGAGUUCAUAGACGCGGAUGAGAGUACAGCGUUCAAGAUACGGAUCCUGUUAACACCUACUGGGAUCCUGACUGCCACAGCCAACGCUACGAGGCCCCUCCUCCCCUUGUCCCACCCCUCAUCUGGAGAAAUCUUCGAUAUUUCGUUGUUUGACGCAGGAGAUGCGACGGGCUCAACUGCAGCGUCGAAUCAUCCUCUCGCGGGACAGCCUUAUGUCUCCCUGUACCUUGAUACCGAGCCAACCUCGCCGUCGAUAUUCACGAGCACCAAGACCACCAAUCGCAAGCACUAUGAUGAUGCUCGGAAGAGGGCUGGUAUACGUCCUAUGACUACGGCCUCGGCCUCAUCUUCCGCUGCCAACCAUCCCGAGGCGCAUACCCUACAGUCCAGCGACUGCGAUGUUCUCCUCUACACUCCCGAUCUUCUCAUCUCAGAGACUACCAUCCGGAACGUUGCAUUCCCCCGCUCCUCCCCUUCCGGCGCAGCUAUCUGGCUAACGCCAUCACCCAGCACGGGCUGUUUACCUGGCGUCAUGAGGAGAUAUUUGCUCGAUCAAGGCAGGAUUCAGGAGGCCAAACACGGUGAGCUGCGGAAGGAAGACGUGACCCCGGGACAGUUGCUGCUGGUAUUCAACGGAGUCGAAGGUGUUAGGAUAGGGAGAGUGGCUGAAAUAGCUUUAAACGACGGCCAUACUUGA